CUCGGGAACACCGGGGAGCGAGAAGUACGGUACUAAUGUUGGGCUCGGAGGACCACGGAGAGACUCGCAAACGCAACGGUACGGGAAUGAAGCGUCCAUUUAGUCCUGUUGAAGACGGAUCGAAUAGACUGACUGGGCAUGAGGGUGUAUCCUCUGAUGGGAUGGAGUUUACCAGACAGGACGCCCCACCUAUAAACCCUCGUUCGAAGCGGGAACGCAAACACAGGUCGUACACACUCUGUGAAGUGUGCAACAUUCAGCUGAACUCCGCAGCACAAGCACAGAUACACUACAAUGGCAAAACACACCAGAAAAGACUCAAACACAUAAACAACAGCAACACAGGUACGACUGCUCAGGGGAGCCCCCUGCUGGCCUCAUUACAGAUGCAGGGUCGCCCGCUACAGACCCCUCUGGACCUGAAACACUUCCUGCCCUUCCGGCUCAGUGGCUCCUCUCCCCUCAGCCUGUUCCCCAACUUCAACACCAUGGACCCAGUGCAGAAGGCCGUGAUAAACCAUACGUUUGGUGUUCCUCAGGCUCUGAAGAAAAAACAGGUCAUCUCAUGCAAUAUCUGCCACCUGCGCUUCAACUCCACGAAUCAGGCUGAGGCUCAUUAUAAAGGCCAUAAACAUGCUCGUAAGCUGAAGGCAUUAGAGGCUCAGAAGAACAAACAGCAGAGACGACAACUCGACAAUGCGCAUCACAACCGAGACAGAGACAGAGAGAAAGAGAGAGAGAGGGACAGGGAGAGAGACGGCAACAGAGUAAAAAUGAGCGCUCCGGAUCCACUUCCUGCUCUGCUGGAUGACACCGCCGUGGAGGGAAGUAAGUGAACUCACUGACAAUUAGCUAUUUGAGUGGGCAUUUUCAUUACUGCAUAAAAACGUGCCCUGAUGCUUUAAUAAAAUACAGCCUUUAACUUCUGUGAUUAGAUAUCUUUCAGAGUGUGUAGAGAAUCAGAGAAUAUUGGGCUUAAAAUAU